AUGGCGAGCUCGGUCCGGCCUCAGGGGUGGCCAUUACCAAAUUUUGAUGAUCCACCAAAGAGAGGUGCCCCUGCGCUGUUCAUCGUUAUGUGCGCUGUAACAGCAACAGUGGUAAUGCUCAGACUAUGGUCCCGUUACUCUAUCACGAAAUCCCCUGGAAUGGAUGACGCACUGCUUGUUGCAGGCUUUCUGUUGUCGAUCGGGCAGACCGUUGCGGAGUACAAGGCUCUAACAACCUGUGGUUGGAACAUGCAUCUUUGGGAUGUCCCUCUAGAUCGGCUGGAAUACGUUCGGCUAUCUGCUUGGCUUAUUGAACUUUUCUUCUUGCUCGGAAACGCUUGCGUCAAGAUCUCGAUCUUGCUUGUCUACCGCAAAUUAUCAUCUAGAAGCCACAGCAUAUGGUUCAUUCGACUCACCUGGGCAGCCAUCAUAUUCACGAUUGUCUAUACUUUUGGACUGGUCUUGGAGCUCCUUGUCAUCUGUCGCCCGCUGAGUUCAUAUUGGCAGUCUUACAAUCCCGAAUUCACUGGCAAGUAUACGUGCGGGAACGAACAAGUUCCCAUCGUCUUCAGUGCAGCAGCCUCUGCCUUUUCCGACAUCUACGCAUCAGUUCUGCCGAUGUUGUGGGUUCGGAACCUUAACUUGACGAGCAAACAGAGGUUUAGCCUAUACGCUCUGUUUUCGGCAGGGCUGCUGACAGCCGGAAUUGGGAUUGCAAGGAUGACAUACUUCGUCAAAGUGACUACGAACUACCAACUGGGCCCGGAUACCCAUGAUGUGACUUGGUAUGGGUGGCCGACAUUCGCUUUGACAGAUAUUGAAGCGCACCUUGCCAUCAUUUGUGCAUCAGCCCCGGCACUUAAAGCGUUAUUCCAGCGCCUAAUAUCUCCGAAGAUGUCGUCGUAUCUCCAUGUUUCGACGCCCACAGAUACCUCUGAUCGAGCCCCUUCGCGCGGCGCUCAGUUCCAGUCAUGUUGCGCCGAGCAUGAGAGCAGGUCAAAAUUCUACUUCAAGCGAACUUUUAAAGGUUUCGACGCCACUGGUCGCUCCCAAAGAACACCGUCUCAUUCGGAGGAACUUGAGCAUGACAUCGAAAAUCUUUCACUUCAGACUAUGACCAGCAACAAGCCCUUGACUACACCUUCGAGCAUUGUUUAA